AUGAAUUUAUAGAGGAACGAUAAGAGAUAAAAUCUGAACUUGAAUUUAUUGUGGAAGCAAUUAGUGGAGAUGCAGAUACAAUUUAAAUAAAGGAAUUAUUAGACAAAAAAUAUUUUAGAGGUUAGACUUACAUAUACAGCCUUUUUAUAUAUCUUUCCAUUCUUGUAUUUGCGUGAUGUUUUGAAAUUGAGAUUGUUGAACAGCUCUAUGAACGAAAUGAUAACCAAUUAUUUAUUGUAUUAUCGAUAAUAACAAUCAAAUACGAUUCGAAUAUUAGAGAUUGAAAUUUAAUAAGAGAAAGAGAAGCUUCCGAUAUUAUAUUAUUAGAUUUUACAAAAGUUGAUAAAGAGAUCAUCAAUUUGUGCAAAAGAAUUAAUGAAGUUAAAUGAUAGGGGGUUAAAAUAAAUGCCAACUUAUAAUCCUUUAUUAGUGAUGCAAGUUGCAGAAUGCGAGGGAAUAGAACUAUUUAAAAUAAUACCAGAGGAGUUAUUUUAAAUGAAAAGCUAUUUAAUAUUUCUCGAUUUUAGUAAAUAUACAGAUUUGAAAAGAAUGUAAUUAUUAGAAUUUUAUGAAGAGAAGUUACAAUAAUCAGAUUAUUUGGAGCAAUAAAUGAAUUAUAAUGAUAGAUCAGAACUAUUUUUCUUAAGAUUGGCUAGAAUGUGGUUGAAGUAGACCUUCUAUUAAGACACAUAUAAAUAAUUUAGGUUAAUAAUGAUGCUCAUAAAAAAGAAAGAGUAGAUGAGAUGGGUAAUUAGAUAAUUGGAAGUGCUGGAGAAAAUAACGGAAAGAAUAACCUGA